GCCGGUUGGUUCUGCAUAGACAGAAGGCGCGUCCGAGAUCACAGCUUAGCAGCAGAAACUACGACUGCGACGCCCAGUCUCCUUGCGACAUCAGAGCUGACUUGUAUAGACCCCGUCCAUUUCCAUUCCCGUCAGCUUCUGCUGAAUCCUCACCUCUACAACCCCCCAAAACUCCUGAUUCUCACGCCUUCGACGCUGCCAAAAUGGUGGGCCUGGGUCCCAGGCGCAAGCCUAGCCGUAGAGGCUCCAUGGCCGAUAUUCCUAAAGACCUCCUCCAAGAAAUUAAACGCCUCGAAGAGCUCUUCACCGUCGACACGGCCAAGCUCAAAGCCAUCACCGACCAUUUCAUCAGCGAACUCGACAAGGGUUUGACCAAGGAAGGCGGUAGCAUUCCCAUGAACCCAACAUGGGUCAUGGGCUACCCAGACGGAUAUGAGACUGGCACCUUCCUUGCCCUUGAUAUGGGAGGCACCAACCUCCGUGUCUGCGAGAUCAACCUGCCAGAAGAGCGAGGAGAAUUCGACAUCAUUCAGUCCAAAUACCGCAUGCCAGAGGAGCUGAAGACGGGCAACGCCGAUGAACUGUGGGCAUACAUAGCAGACUGUCUGCAGCAAUUCAUCGAAUACCACCACGAGGGCGAGAAGCUGGACAAGCUCCCGCUCGGCUUUACUUUCUCCUACCCUGCCACUCAGGACUACAUUGAUCACGGCGUGCUUCAACGAUGGACCAAGGGCUUCGACAUUGACGGCGUGGAGGGUAAGGACGUCGUGCCACCUUUUGAGAAGGCUUUGGAGGAGCGUGGAGUCCCCAUCAAGCUCACCGCCCUGAUCAAUGACACGACCGGUACCUUGAUAGCUAGUGCCUAUACAGAUCCGGAGAUCAGAAUUGGAUGCAUCUUCGGCACUGGCUGCAACGCUGCUUACAUGGAACACGCGGGCGAUGUUCCCAAGCUCGAGCACUGGAAGAUGGACCCAAAGCAGGAGAUUGCCAUCAACUGCGAAUGGGGUGCUUUUGAUAAUGAGCACAAGAUUCUGCCACGCACACCCUACGACGUCAUUAUCGACAAGGACUCUCCUCGCCCUGGUCAGCAGGCUUUUGAGAAGAUGAUUGCAGGUCUCUACCUCGGCGAGCUCUUCCGUCUUGUGCUUGUCGACCUUGCGGAGAAGCAGCAUAUCUUCCAAGGUCAAGACAUCUCAUCACUGAAGAAGCCAUAUUCGCUCGAUGCCUCUUUCCUGUCUGAUAUCGAGAACGAUCCCUUUGAAAACUUGCAGGAGUCUUAUGACCUGUUUUACGACAAGAUGAAGAUCAAUUGCCAGAAGCCAGAGCUCGAGUUGAUUAGAAGGUUGGCUGAGCUGAUUGGCACCCGAUCCGCCAGACUUAGUGCGUGUGGUGUUGCCGCCAUUGCCAAGAAGAAGGGCUACAAGACGUGCCACGUAGGCGCCGAUGGAUCGGUGUUUAACAAGUACCCUCACUUCAAGCAACGCGGCGCACAAGCACUUAAGGAAAUCCUCGACUGGGAGAAGGGCCGUGAUGGCAAGCCGCUUGGAAGGGGCAACGACCCGAUUGAGAUCCUUCCUGCUGAAGAUGGUUCUGGUGUCGGUGCUGCUUUGAUCGCUGCUUUGACCCUCAAGCGCGUGCAGGAAGGCAAGGUCAUGGGCAUUCGAGACGCAGAUGCGAUGCUCAAGGGCACCGCAGCUGCCAAGCCAAACGCGAGCCAGGCAUAGGAGCCUGAGCCGUUGCCCGAACGGUACUGCAGUCGCUCCUGGCCAGCUCUCUGCGAUAGCCAGUUCGGCUCGCAUGUGCCGGGAAAGCUGGUGGUGAAGGAUUAGAGGCGCUGCGCCGUGUGUUACAAGUCACGGUGUCCAGAUUGCAGACCGUAGCGCUGUCAGAGGCAUGUCAAGUUUGGAGCGAGUUGUGGAUAUCAAAUUCUUGUGUAUGUAGCACUCCCUAUAGAAUGCCUCGCUUCAUG